AGCGCUUGCCGCAAAGAGCAAGCAGAGCGUUGCCGAGUCGAUUCCCGACUUUGUCCCAGGGUUAAUCCCAAUUGCUUGGGCCACUAGCACCGAUCCCGGGCCGAGGGACCGCAUUCGUGCAGGCAGGGAGCGGUGCAGGCAGCAACUGCCCCUGGGCUUGUGCCCUCUCCGGCAGCACCUACCGUCCGUGUUUGGGAGGUGGAAGGAGGGACGCACGCUGCACCACAGCUCCGUGGGGACGUGGCACCAAGCAGGACGAGAGAGCAGCAAGUGGGGUUGGAGGGGGCAUGGGGUCAGCGGAGGAGAAGGCGAGAAGGAGCUGCCCUCCCUCCGCUGCCCCCAGCCUCUGGGUGCAGGGGGGGGGUUGCAAAUAAAUUAGGCGGCAGCACCUAAUUGGGGUGCGCUGGAGGAAAGGACGGGGUAGGAAAGCUUGGAAACGGGCAGCUGCUCUUGGGGUGCUUUGCGGGCAGAGGGGGCCCACGGGGUGCCCCACGCGCGUUGCAACCGAAGUGUUUGGCUGCCGGCGCUCGUGUGCGGGACCGGCCGCCCCACGGCACGGUGGGGGUCCGGGUUGAGGCGUCUGGGCCUGGCAGGCCUCAGGGACAUGGCGCGUGCAUGGCGGGCCUGGCACCGCGCCGGUCAUGCCGCUCAACCCCCGCGGUGCCUCUCCCCUGCUUCCCUCCUGGUGAAGCCUGGGGGCUGCCGGCUCUCCCCGCGGGCGCCCGUGCUGCCGGCGGGCUCUGCCGAGACUCCCCUCCUUCUGGUUCUUUGCCUCCCCCGCAUGAGCAGCCCUUUUCUGCACUGUUUUCGCUCUGCAUCUCUGUUUCUCAGAGAUUCUUCUUUGCUCUGACCUUGUACCGCUGCUGCCGCUGCCCCCGCAGCUGCCGGGCUGGAAGGAGCGGCUGGGGCGGCGAUUUGGGUGACGACCUGGCACCCGUCCCAUCCCGCCCUGCACCGUGUAGCUACCGUGACGUCCUCCUCAGCCCCGCCGCUGGCGGCAGCUUCCCGGGUCAGGGCGACGUAGGGCGAUGGGGGUCCGGGGAAGGGAUGGAGUGAGGGGAGAAUCGGCACAGCCCGGGUGUGCCGGAGCGGGGAGCCUGGAGAUCAGCGUCCUCCGGAGCACCCAUGUGUCUGCGGGUGCUCCCUGGGACCGGGGGAGGCUGGAAGGAGACUUUCCCGUCCUCAGGCAGGUUCUUCUGGAGGGAGCCCCAGGACCCCCAACGAUGGAGCGAGACGAGAAGCCGUUUAGGGGGGAUCCCCAGGACGCGAGGUUCCGGGGGAUGCCGGACACCUGCGGCACAGGAAAGGAGUGGGCCGGCGUGAAGUGUGAGAUCGUGGUGAAAACGGAGCCAGAGGAUGAGUCCUACAUUGGGUGUCCCCAGGGCCUGGGUGCCACCGUCCCCAGUGUCCCCAGCUACCUCAGCACUGACAUCAAAGCGGAGGUCGUCGUUAAAAGCGAGCCCGAGGAGGAGGCAGCCUACGGCGGUUACUGCCCCGGCUCCCGGGUGGGGGACGUGCCCCACCACCCCGCUGCCUGCGAUGCCAAGCCGGAGAUCAUCGUGAAGGUGGAGCCGGAGGACGAGUCGUACAUCGGGUGCCCCCGAGGUCUGGGUGACCCGGGAGCUCCCGGCCACCCCGACGGGGCAGGCAGCGAUGGCGAGUGGCGUCCCAAGGAGGAGCCGGAGGAGGUGAAACCGGAGGCGGCUGAGCUGGCAAAGAGCCUGGGGGCUCUCUCGGGGGGCUCCCUCGGGCCCCGCGUCAGCCAGUGGAUGGUGCGGCAGGCGCAGGGUGCCGUGGCCGAGCUCCGGCGCAGCCCGGCGGUGCCCGGGGGGCCACGGGCCACCCCCGAGCCCCAGGGGCUCUGCCUGGAGAAGGGGACGGCUCCGGUGGUGCCGGCGAGCGGAGCUGGGCAGAAACCCCCCUCUGCCUGCGGAGCGGGCAGCGCCACAGCCCCCGGUGCCGAGCCGGCGCGGCGUCCCCGCAGCCACGCCGCCAAGCGUCCUUUCGCCUGCAGCGAGUGUGGGAAGAGCUUCCAGCACCGGGGGAACCUCAUCACCCACCUGCGGGUGCACACGGGGGAGAAGCCCUUCGCCUGCACCGUCUGCGGCAAGAGCUUCAGCCAGAAGGGUGACCUGAUGCGGCACCAGCGCAUCCACACCGGCGAGAAGCCGUUCGAGUGCACCGUCUGCGGCAAGAGCUUCUGCUCCAAGCAGACCUUCAUCCUGCACCAGCGCAUCCACACCGGCGAGAAGCCCUUCUCCUGCACUGAGUGCGGCAAGAGCUUCAACCGCAAGGCCAACUUCAUCACCCACCAGAAGAUCCACCGCGGCGAGCGCCCCUUCAUCUGUGCCGAGUGCGGCAAGGGCUUCUGCGCCAAGAAGACCUUCAUCCUCCAUCAGAAGAUCCACAUCGGCGACCGGCCCUUCGGCUGCUCUGAGUGCGGCAAGAGCUUCAGCCGCAACGGCGACCUGACGCGGCACCAGCGCAUCCACACCGGCGAGCGCCCCUUCGCCUGCGCCGACUGCGGCAAGUGCUUCAGCCACAACGGCGAGCUGAUCAAGCACCAGCGCAUCCACACCGGCGAGAAGCCCUUCACCUGCACCGAGUGCGGCAAGAGCUUCAACCGCAAGGGCACCCUCAUCACCCACCAGCGCAUCCACACCGGCGAGCGCCCCUUCGUCUGCCCCGAGUGCGGCAAGACCUUCAACCUGAAGACCACGCUGAUGAAGCACAAGCGCAUCCACACGGGCGAGCGUCCCUUCACCUGCCUGGAGUGCGGGAAGAGCUUCAAGUACAAGGGCAACCUCCGGACCCACCACCUCACCCACACGGUGGAGCGGGUCUACCCCUGCACCGAGUGCGGCAAGGUCUUCAGCCACAAGAAGGAGCUGACGGUGCACCAGGGCGUGCACACGGAGGAGAGGAUCCUCUCCUGCUACCGGGAGGGAGAGUCCUUCAACCCCUUCCUCCCCAUGCACCCGCUCCUCAUGUCCUGCACCCAGCUCGCGGUGCCGCUGGAAGCCUUGUCCAAGUACAAGUAGGAGGGCUGGCGGCAGCGGGGAGAGCCCGGUGUCCUGCCCGUGGCACAUCCCCACGGCUGGAGCGGCGACAGGAGGAACGAGACCGUCACUGGAGACUUAGACCUGCUGCGGGGCCGGCGGCGGAUCGGGGCCGGCGGUUUCCCUGGCUGUCGGGCGCUGUGGUGGAGCCCUGGGUGCCCAGGGAGGAGCUGCCGGCCGGGGAUGCUGCCGGCUUUCGGCAGCGCUGGCGGAGCCGCCCUGCUCCGGCUGGGGCCAGCGGCCGCUCACGGGGACACAUGGUCGGGCUGGGACCCGGAGCGAGCGGGGCCGGUGCUCUGGCCUCACACCGGCACCAUUCACAUCCCCAGGUCGGGGGGGGGGGGCUUCGUCAUCCCCCACCCGAGAGUCGCCGUCUCGUUUGGUGUUGAGAAGCCUCUUAAAAGUGAAUUGCAGUGGGUAGAUGUGAAGACUGGGGUCGCCUUGCCCUCCCCGCCAGCACUGGGCUGUCCCCUCGCUGGGUUUUCUGUCCCCGAUGCUGCGUCCCGUCCGCUCCCUGGUCCCCGUCUGAUUCCUCCGUGCUGUGGCAGAGGCGGCCCCCCCCUUGUCUUGUGCCAAGGGACCCCAGUUUAGCUGCUAGUUGGAAAGGGGCGAUUCUGAAGCUGAGAGUCGUCGUUUCUCCUUGUCCCUAUCCGACACGUAGACACUGGGCUUGGAGGAGAGCCGAGAGCUCACCCGGUGCAGCGCAGCCCUUCCCUCGCCGGGCACAGCCCUUCGCCGCCAUGCUCUGUGCGGGAUGGCUGACCCCGGUUGUUUCCCACAACUCCCAUCACGAGUUUACCGAGCUGUGUUUUUUUGGGAUCCUUCUUUCCCCGGCACCUGCUGCAUCCCCAGGUUUAUUCCUCCAUCUGGUGCAUCCCCCGAGGCCAGCACAGCUCCCGGCAACCCGUCGCCCUCCUCCCACCAAAGCCGGGAAACGGCGGGCAAAAGGCUUUUCCUUUUUGAAGCCCAGGCUCCGGCGUCGCUGCCGUGGGGAGGGAGCAGCGGGCUGGAGGGGCUGGGCAGGGGUCCACCCCCGGCCCCAACGCAGCUCCCCAGGCUCUCUUUAAUUCUCCUGGGAAUUACUGUGCCCGUCGGUUCCUCCAUUGGCAUCUCUGGCACGGGCUGUUUGGAAAGGAGCUUUCCCCAGCCCCAUCUGUGCGCAAUCCUGGCGGGGGGGCAACAAACGCGUCCUCGCCUGGCGCGUGCCUCGGGAAGGGCCUUUGAGGAAAAAAAAUGAG